GUUUGACUAUUACGUCAGCACGUUGGUGUACAUGCGGAUGUGUGUGACAGACGAGCGCGCCAAAAGUGUCCCAACAACAGCAGCAGGAAGACAAAGGAGUUUUAAAACAGACAUUAUCGAACUUAUUUCGGAGCGUGUAACGAAAGCAAGCGUCGACAGGAUGGGUUUGCUGGAGCGGUGUCAGGAGCUGUUCAAGGCGGGGGGCUUGUACCAGGUGCUCGGCGUCCACAAGGAGGCCACGGAGGCAGAGAUCCGCAGAGGUUACUACAAGUUGUCGCUUAAAGUGCACCCGGACCGCGCUCCUGAGGACCCCAAUGCCACUGAGAAGUUCCAGUUGUUAGGAAAGGUGUAUGCCGUGCUGAGCGACGAGGAGCAGAGGGCCAUUUAUGACGAGCAGGGCUUGGUGUGUGAAGAGUCUGAUGCCCUGAGUCAGGACCGCUGCUGGAGCGACUACUGGAGGCUGGUCUUCCCCAAGAUCAGCCGGCAGAAAAUCAUUGACUUUGAGAGGAAAUACAAGGGCUCUGAGGAGGAGAAGGCAGACUUACUCAAGCUGUACACGCAGCACCAGGGGGACUUGGACAUCAUCAUGGAGUGUGCCUUCUUCAGCUCCCAGGAAGAGGAACCCAGGCUGUGUGACAUCAUCUGGGACGCCAUCCGGAGCAAGGAGGUCCCGGAGUUUUCCGCCUUCACUAAGGAGAGCAAUAAAAAGAGCAGGGCUCGGAAGAGGAGGGCUGACAGAGAGAAACAGGAAGCAGAGGAGCUGAAGAGAGAGCUGGGUCUGGACGAGGUCGGACUGGACGAGGAAGAUAAUGGUCUGGCCAUGAUGAUCCAGCAAAGACAAAAGUCCAGAGUGGAGAGCUUCGACGGUUUCCUAUCCGGCCUGGAGGCCAAGUACUGCAAAAAAAAAGGAAAACCCCAAAAAUCACUAAAAGGAAAGAAGAAGUGAGCUGGGGGAAACAUUACUUCAUGCCUGUUCAUUUUAAUUGUUUGUUUGAGAUAGAUUUGCACUUUUGUCUUGUUUUUUUAUCAUCGUAGAACAAUAAAGUUAUUAUUCUUGCUCAAAA